AUGGCGUUGCUGUGCUACAACAAGGGCUGUGGGCAGAGGUUUGAUCCUGAGCACAAUGCCAGGGAUUCCUGUCUGUAUCACCCGGGCGUCCCCAUCUUCCAUGAUGCCCUGAAGGGAUGCACAAAGGGGUUUCACAGCAAGGAGAAGCCCCCUGAGUCUUUCAGCCAAGAGGAGACCUCAGACAAGCCAAAGGCUAAUCCAGUGGAGGAGCUUAUCAUCCAAGGACCAAAAUCAGCUGAGAAGAUGCAGCGGGAAAGACCAAGCUCCGAUGAGCCAAGACAAUGGCUGCCAAUUAAAGUAUCCAGGUCUCUGGAGCAGGCACUGGAGAAAUUGAACUUGUCCUCCAAGAACGAGGCACCUGAGGGCAGUUGCACAGGGGAGGCAGCUGCCCAGGUGAGAGCUGGCACCACCUGCAAGAACGCAGCCUGCAAGGCGAUAUACCAGGGCCCGGAGAGCAACACAGAGGUUUGUACUUUCCAUCCUGGUGUUCCUGUCUUCCAUGAGGGGAUGAAGUACUGGAGCUGCUGUGGAGUCAAAACAACAGACUUCAGUGCCUUCCUGGAGCAGCUGGGCUGCAGCAGCGGGCAGCACUGCUGGACGGGGAAAGGGGACAAGAAGGCAGUGUCAUGCCGGCAGGACUGGCACCAAACCAGCAGCCAGGUGGUGGUGACGGUCUAUGCCAAGAACCCCCUGCCUGCCCUUAGCAGUGUGAAAGCCAACCGCACUGUGCUUGAAGUUCAUGUCAUCUUUGAAGGGAAUAAGAUUUUCCAGGCAGAACUGGAUCUCUGGGGGGUCAUUGAAAUAGAGAAGAGCUUUGUGAGCAUGGUCCCUACCAAGGUGGAGAUCAUGCUUUGCAAAGCCAGCCCUGGCUCCUGGGCCAGGCUGGAGCUUCCUCAAAGCAGGUCACAAUCCCAUGGCGAGCAGAAGGAGGCUGCCAAUGCAGAGGAGCCCAGGGCAGUGCAGGGGGAGGACUCAGAUGACAGCUUGAGCUGGUCGGAGGAGGAAGAUGAGGAGCUGGAAAUGGGAACACCGAGCAACUGA